AUGCUCUCAAACCUUAACCACUAUAUUCAACGGGUGAAAUCCACUCACGAUGAUGACUCAAUAGAUCGUUUGAAUUAUAAGGUCACCACAAUCUAUAUGCUCCUUGGCUUUGCCUUGACGCUGUUUGCUAAAAACUAUGUUGGAGAGCCAAUGCAGUGCUGGGUUCCUAACCAGUGGACGGCCGUUUGGGAAGUGUUCUCGGAGUCAUACUGCUUUGUGGAGAAUACGUACUUUGUGCCAAUGAACCAAAGUAAUCUACCUGCAGCACAUACGAGAGAAGGUCGCGAAAUGAUCUACUACCAGUGGGUCCCGUUCAUCCUCUCGUUAAUGGCAUUCCUCUUCUACAUUCCUCGUGGAGUGUGGAACAUCUUCUCCUCCUACAGUGGUCUCGCCUUGGCCGAUCUCAUGACCGCAGCAAGGAAAUCAGCAAAGACCGGAGCGGACGAUCCGUACAUCCCAACGAUGGCGAACACCCUUCGCAAGGUGCACACCUCCAAGGUGGUUCGAUACGGUUCGGGUCUCUUCAACCUCUACAUCGUGAUGAAGGUAAACAUGUUCAACGAGAAGAUCUUCAUCUUCCUGUGGUUCUGGUUCGCCAUGCUACUCUUCUGCACCUCCAUCAACCUGUGCACGUGGAUUCGCCGACGAUACAGCAAAACGGCCCGCAAGACUUUUCUGUACAACGUUUUGACGGAUUGUGGGCUUGACACGACGGAAGCCGAGCGGGACGAAUUCUACCGGGAAGUGGUGCAGGACGACGGUCUCCUUGUAUUGUUGCUGCUCGACGCCAACGGUGGUCGUCUCCAGUCUGGAGAACUUGCUCACCAGCUCUGGAUCUCGAAAUUCCCUCAAACUGAUGACAAAACGAUCUCUACCGUAGCCGAAGACGAAGCGCUGCAUUUGAACGACCAGCUAUGGAGUGAGAACUAUCCAAGAAAAAGAACAUUGAUUAAGGGAGCAGAAAAAAUGGAAAAUAUUGAGGGAAUCUUGAAACUUGCUUAUAGGUUGAAAUACGUCUACACUCCGUGGAUUCUGUGUGGGACGGCAUUCCUCAUAUUUGCCCACGAAUAUGUUGGUGCACCGAUUCAAUGCUGGGCGCCAAAACAAUGGGCGUGGGUGCCGUUUGUACUGCUACUGCAAGCUUUCCUUCUCUACCUUCCACGGCUUGUUUGGAAGCAACUGCAGUUCUUAACAAAAAUUGACCUUCCAAGCGUUACGGUAGCACUACGUAAUGAAGCAAAAAGGAUAUCUGAUCCUCUGAACGUGGCUUCGAUUAUGAGACCGGCACGAAGAGGAGCAUGGGGCUAUAAACUCACACUUUCUCUGCUCUUUACGAAAAUGCUCUGUGACGUGUGUCGGCCAAGUCUUUUCUUGAUGGUUCUUAUGGCGCGAUUUCUGCAGCCUAACGGGUGGUCAACAAGCACACAGCACGUGUUGAAUGGCCGACAAUGGGAAGAAAGUGGCAAUUUCCCAAGGGUGACCUUCUGCGAUCUUGAAGUUCGUGAACUAGGUGGAGCCGUCCACAGAUGUCCUAGCAGGCGUGCCUCAUGGAGUACACCAAAAAUUGCGCAGAUCAACAUGUUCAACGAGAAGAUCUUCGUGUUUCUAUGGUGGUGGUUCUGCGUUCUUCUGUUCAUCUCCAUCCUGAAUCUUUUCCGAUGCUUAUCGCCUCUCGUUAAAAUAAAUACACAACAGGAUCGUUCAUCCAGCCACUGCAUUUUGGAAUCGGCUAUCAAUGACGAUUUUGACGCGAGAGAAGUAAGCGAGUUCUGUAGGAAAACGCUGAAAACAGACGGCGUAACGAUUGUUCGACUCAUCGAAGAGAAUGCUACGAUAUAUCAGGUACAGUCACUUCAACUAGGAUGCAUAGCCCUAACUGAAAGAGGACGCAUCUCUGGAAAGUCCAGAAACUUGUUUCGAUGCAUAUAUACAGCCACCAACUGA